AUGACUUAUGUUAUAUCUUUUUCUUUGUUAAGCUUAGUAUUGGGGUUAGUAGCAGUUGCUUCUAAUCCUUCUCCUUAUUUUGCUGCUUUGGGUUUAGUAGUUGUGGCGGGGGUUGGGUGUGGGGUAUUAGCGGGCUUUGGAGGGCCGUUUUUGUGUUUAGUUUUGUUUUUAAUUUAUUUAGGGGGAAUAUUGGUAGUUUUUGCUUAUACGACAGCAUUAGCUGCUGAACCUUUUCCAGAGGCUUGAGGAAGUCGGACAGUUUUAAUAUAUAUAGUUAUGUAUAUUAUGGUGGUGGUGGGGAUUUCAAGUAUAGUAUGGGGGGGUUGAUAUGGGGCGUCUUGAGUUCCUGUUGAUGAAAUUGGGGGGUUUUCUGUAUUUCGGGGGGAUAUUAGUGGGGUAGCUUUAAUAUAUUCAGUAGGGGGGUGGAUAGUGGUAGUAAGUGCUUGGGUGCUUUUGCUUACGUUGUUUGUAGUUUUAGAAUUAACUCGAGGUUUAGGAUGGGCAAGUCUUCGUGCAGUUUAA